AUGUCCCUCCUCCGCCAGUCCAUCGCCCGCGCCGCCUUCAAGCCCUCCAUCCUCCGGUCCACCCCCGGUCUUAUGCUCGCCCAGCGACGAUUCGCUUCUACCGAGCCCAUGUCUGCCAGCGAGAAUAUCGCUCUGCUCAACUCUCAGAGGCAAUACCGACCCACAUCUCCUCACUUGGACAUCUACCAGCCUCAACUUACCUGGAUCCUGUCCAGUCUUCACCGAAUCACUGGUGUCGCCUUCUCUGGAGCUCUCUACCUUUCCGCUAUCGCCUAUCUUUUCCACCCCAUGUUCCCCGUAAUCGACUCUGCCCACAUCGUCGACCUUGUGCACACUUUCCCUGGAUGGGUCAAGGGUGGUCUGAAAUUCGCGGUGUCUCUGCCGUUCACUUUCCAUUGCUUCAAUGGUCUCAGGCAUCUGAACUGGGAUAUUGGAAAGGGCCUCACCGUCAAGGGCGUUUACCAGACCGGCUAUGCCGUCCUCGGCGCCACAUUGGCCACUUCCCUCUACCUCGCCUUCCUCCUCUAA